GAUGUUUCAAGCCGAUUUCUUGGACAUAAAUAGUUCUGGGUGCAGUUGAAGAAAGACGACCGCUGUCAUGGCUGUAGAAGCUUUCCAUAAAGAUGAGACUUUGGCAAUGCGCAGAAAGUUGAUUGGGCAGUCCUGCAGACUCUUUUUCUCGCAGGACCCCGUGAAAAUAGUGCGAGCACGGGGUCAAUAUUUGUAUGAUGAGAAUGGCAUGCAGUACCUAGAUUGCAUUAGUAAUGUUCAACAUGUGGGACACUGUCAUCCCAGCAUCACUCAGGCUUCUGCUGCUCAGAUGGAUCUUCUUAAUGCAAACACUAGAUUCCUUCAUGACAAUAUAGUGCAAUAUGCAAAUCGGCUGGCAGCCACUCUGCCAAAGAAGCUUGGUGUCUUUUAUUUUGUCAACUCGGGUUCAGAAGCUAAUGAUCUUGCCUUGCGAUUGGCCCGUCAAUAUACCCAACAUCAGGAUGUCAUUGUGCUGGAUCAUGCAUAUCAUGGACAUCUCACCUCGCUUAUCGACAUCAGCCCGUACAAGUUUCGGAAGCUGGAGGGCCAAAAAGAGUGGGUUCAUGUGGCUCCUCUCCCUGAUACUUACCAUGGUAUCUACCGAGAGGACCAUCCAAACCCAGGAAAGGCUUAUGCCGACACAGUGAAAAGUCUUAUUGAAGAGGUGCACAAGAAAGGCAGCAAGAUAUCAGCUUUUUUUGUUGAGUCUUUACCCAGUGUUGGUGGCCAGAUUAUUUUCCCGACUGGUUAUUGUAAAAAAGUAUCGGAAUACAUUCAUGAGGCAGGGGGAGUUUAUGUGGCAGAUGAGAUUCAGACAGGCUUUGGUCGUGUUGGUAGUCAUUUCUGGGCUUUUCAGCUUGAAGGUGAAGACUUCUGCCCUGACAUUGUGACUAUGGGUAAACCAAUGGGCAAUGGUCACCCGCUUGCAUGCGUGGCCACUACAGUGGCGAUAGCAGGUGCUUUCACAGCCAAUGGUGUGGAGUACUUCAACACAUUUGGUGGCAACCCAGUAUCCUGUGCCAUUGGUUUGGCAGUAUUAGAUGUGAUUGAGAAGGAAGACUUGAGAGGCAAUGCUCUGCGUGUUGGAGGUCACCUGAAACAGCUUCUCUGUCAGCUUCAGACUAAACAUCCAAUCAUAGGAGAUGUGCGUGGUGUAGGACUGUUUAUAGGUAUGGAAUUAGUUAAAGACAGAGUUUCCCGAAAACCAGCUACAAAGGAAGCAGCACAGCUUGUUCGAAGGCUGAAAGAAGAGUAUAUAGUUAUGAGUACUGAUGGACCAUGGGAAAGUGUCAUCAAAUUCAAACCUCCCAUGUGCUUCAGUAAGGAGGAUGCUGACAGAGUUGCUGUGUGCAUUGACCAAAUUCUCAUAGAACUGGAGAAUACCUGCCAAAAGGAAGACCAUGAAAACAGUUGAGCUGAGAAGAAAUGUAGUACUGUAUAUAGAGCAAACAUUUUACAGUACAUUACAAAUAUAAGACUUAUUCUAAAUUGUCUGAAAUAAGUAACGUCAUGUAUUGAAUAAUAUGGGAACUGUAUCUUGAAUUUUUAAUUCCAUUUAUACUCAGUUAAAAAUACUUUAAUAAAGAAACGUUCAUAAAUUCAAUCAUUGUAAACACAGAACAGAGAAGAUUUAACAUUGAAAUAAAAUUUAAAACAAACAUAUCAAUAUUAAAUCACCCCUUUACAUAUAAUUUUGCAGGGUGAGAUGUCAACAAAUAAUAUGAACUUAAGAUUUGAAUAUGCUUUUAUAUUGUAAAAUCAUACAACAAUGUGAAGCACUUUUUGUAAACAUUUGUUUUCACUCAGUGUGAUUUAGCACAGUGACUACAUAAUAUUUGUCUCAUAACACUCAAAUGAGUGUUGUGGUUCAAUUAAAUAAUGUUGUGUACAUUUUGGUUGAAAAUGAAAGUGCAGAAUUAUUAUUAUAAUUUUUUCUUUUUUAACCCAUAUAGGUGUUAUUUUGGUUCUUCAGCAGAGAAUAGUACAGAAAUGUAUACUGCUAUUUAAGGAAGAGUUCAACCAAAAAUGAAAAUGCUCUCAUCAUUUACUCACACUCAUGCCAUCUUACAUGUGACUGACUUUGUUCUGCAGAACACAAAGAUUUUCAGAAGAAUAUCUCAUCAUAUAAUGGUGGCAAAAACUUUCAAGCUCCAAAAAGCACAUGAAGGCAGCAAAAAAGUAAUUGAUGCGACUCCAGUGGUUGAAUCCAUGUCUUCAAAAGCGAUAUGAUAUGUGUGGUUGAGAAAUAGAGGAAUAUUUAAAGGAAUGUUCCGGGUUCAGUACAGGUUAACCCUGUAAAGACUGACAUAUGAAAGAUUGUCAGAAAAUUCAAAUUUUUCGACAUUAAAAUGUUUUUAGUACAGUUUUAAAAAAUAUCUAAAAUCUAAAAAAAACAGCAAUUAAUUUCUACAUAGGACAUUUUUAUUUACGUUUUUCUUAGCCCGUACAUGCUACAGUGGAAAAUCUUAGGGUAUUAUUAGAGGACCUGGGCUUUUCAGAUAUACCAAAUAUGUGAGAGUUGGCCAUGACAACUUCCUCUCUUUGCUCUAUAAAUAUGGGUUGAAAUGUGUCACAGUUCAGUUCAGCGCAUCACAUACAAUAUGAAUAAAAUAUCAUUUUUUCAAUAAGCAAUUUUUAUCAUAUGUAUUUUAUUCACCAAACACUAUACUGACAUUUAAAAAAGGGAAAUUGUAAAAUGUUUUUCUAUGGGUCUCAGGAACUUUUGGUAAGAUGAUAAAUAAUAGCAUGUAAGGUACAAUAAUGAGAUCUUUAUAAUGACAGAGCAAGCUGCAUAUAUAAAAAUACACAGAAAUAUUAGUUCACACUUGUAUGUCAGAAUUUUCCAAGCUUUUUAUAGUGGGCAUGAAUGUAAUGUAAUGGUGAUUGAGAGAUAUACCUCAAAAGCCUAUUGUAUCAUAUUUGAUACAUGUAAUUUCAACAUGAUCUUUCAAUAAAAUAAUAUACACAAUUUUAACCAAGCAUAAGUUGUUUAUGUUCAGCAAAUACUCAUUUUAAAAAUAUCAGUAAUAAUAUAAUCAUUACUGUCACUUUUACUUUAUUAAAAUAAGCUGUCAUUUAUCCCAAAAUAACAGUAAUUUAUUUCCGGAAGUCCACCGUCAUUUUAAACAGAUCGAUGUAAACAUCAAAACCACUUUUUUCAUGUGAAACUUACAUACCAUACGUUUUUUGGCUUUUCAGCUUGAACAAAGAGUCAGGAGCCGUCAAACAUCAUAUUUGAUACAAAUUGCGUUACAGGGUUAAGCUCAGUCGACAGCAUUUGUAGCACAAUGUUGAUUACCACAAAAAUGUAUUUAGACUCGUCCGUCCUUUUCUUAAAAAAAUAAAAUAAAAAAAAAGCAAAAAUCGAGGUUACAGUGAGGCAUUUACAAUGGAAAUUAAUGUGGCCCGUUUUUGGAGGGUUUAAACACAGAAAUGUCCCUUCCAGUGGGUGGUAAGAAGAAUGUGAAUUGCCAAAAAACAAAAGAAUGUGGAAGUAAAAGUGUAGAUUUACAGUACAAAAUGAUGCAAAUAUUGAUCUGUUUCUCACUCACACCAAUCAUAUUGCUUCAGAAGAUAUGGAUUUAACCACUGGAGUCAUAUACACA